AUGGCGCCCAUAGAACUCAGCGAGAAAUACGACAACUAUGACUAUCCCAUUGAGGCGGCCGAGCCUCUGGAGGGCCACUCCGGAAACCUGACUCCCGAGCAGCAGGCCAAGGUCCACCAGCUGCGCCUGAUGCUCGAGGCUGAGGGCAUCACUGAGCGCCUGGACACGCUCACUCUGCUGCGAUUCCUCCGAGCGCGCAAGUUUGAUGUUGAACUUGCCAAGCAGAUGUUCCUCGAGACCGAGAAGUGGCGCGCCGAGACCAAGCUCGACGAGAUCCUCCCUACCUGGGACUACCCCGAGAAGCCUGAGAUUUCCAAGUACUACAAGCAGUUCUACCACAAGAUUGACAAUGAUGGCCGCCCCGUUUACAUCGAGACCCUCGGUGGCAUUGACCUGACUGCCAUGUACAAGAUCUCAACCGCCGACCGCAUGCUUACCAACCUUGCCGUCGAGUACGAGCGCGUGGCUGAUCCCCGUCUGCCCGCCUGCUCCCGCAAGGCCGGCCACCUCCUCGAGACGUGCUGCACCAUCAUGGACCUCAAGGGCGUUACCCUGACCAAGGUUCCCCAGGUGUACUCGUACGUCCGCCAGGCCUCCGUCAUCUCCCAGAACUACUACCCCGAGCGUCUGGGUAAGCUGUUCCUCAUCAACGCUCCCUGGGGCUUCUCCACCGUCUGGAGCGUUGUCAAGGCCUGGCUGGACCCCGUCACCGUCAAGAAGAUCAACAUCCUCGGCAGCGGCUACCAGAGCGAACUGUUGAAGCACAUCCCCGCCGAGAACAUCCCCAAGGAGUUUGGCGGCACUUGCUCGUGCCAGGGUGGCUGCGAGAACAGCGAUGCUGGCCCAUGGCACGACCCUCAGUGGGCCAAGCCUGCCAAGUGGGAGAAGAAGGCUGA